AUGCAUCUUGAAUUUCAUUCCUUCUUUUCCUUUUCUUUUUCCCUGAUUAUUUUCUGUUUCUUCCCUGUUUCUUCACCCUUUCUAUUCUUUCUUUCUUCUUACUUUCACGUUUUUUUCUAUUACUUCUUUUUUUUUCGAAUUCAGAAAUAUUUUCCUUCAUCAUAUUUCAUUCUUGCAAGUUCUGUCUUUCUUCCUUUCUUUUUAUCUUUUUCUUCUUUUUUCUCUCUUCUUUUUUUCCUAUCUUCUUUUCUUUCUAUCUUCAUUUUUUCCUCUUUACAUUUCUUCCUAUAUAUUUUGCUUUCUAUUUUCUUAUCUUUCUAUCUACGUUUCUUUCUGUCUUCUUUUCUUCCUAUAUAUUUUGCUUUCUAUCUUCUUUACUUUCUGUCUUCUUUUUUUCUAUCCACUUUUCUUUCUAUAUUUCUUUCUUUCAUUGUUUUCCUUUUAAGAUUUUUACGUUUUCUUUUUAUUUCUUUUUUUAUUUCUUUUUCGUGCAAGUUUAACAUUCGUUAA